CGAUCCUCAUCCAUCAUGGCAGUCCAGAACGACCGAUGGCUGCCACUUGAAUCGACCACUAUCGUACCACUUGUGCAUCGGUUAAUCUCUGAUUUUCGCUAAUGAGCCCCAGGAAAUAACAUCCGAGCUUCUUCGGCGGAUCCAAUAAUGACGCAUCAUGAGAAUGCACGCCCGAUCACGGCCAUGAACAAGCAGAGUCACUCUCCUUUGCACGAGCUUUGCCAGAGGUGAGGUCUUGAGAGGUUGCAACACUCGAAAGAAGAUUUUUCAACGUUACCUCACCAUAGUUCAAAAUUGCUCUGAGCCUGCAAGAUGAUUGUGACAAGCAGCGGCAUCGAGACUGAAUCCUCAAUGGUAGGAUAUAGCCUGCAUGUCCGAAGGGGGGCGGUCUGGUACCUGCAGGCAUCAGAGUGUAAACUCGUGAGCCUAGAAACAAAGAGCUGCUGGGGUUUCUUCAGGUGAAAGACAUACCCCAGAAUUUGACAUCUUGGGGGUGGUGGCCUCCCUUAUAUAUGCACGCCUUCAGCCAAGCCAUGGUCGAUGGCCCGUUCAAUCCUGGUCAGUUCCAGCAUCGAGGUCUAUGAACAGUCUUCUGCUCGGCACGUAGACGGGGACAUCAAUGGUGAUCCGCUCAGGUGGCACGUUCAAUCACGAGUCAGGCCAUAGGUACGGCCGUUCCUGACGUCUUGCCUCAAACAGACGAGUGCUGCAGUUCCCCUGCCGCCGUAGUCUACUGUCGAAAGCGGCAUAGGCAAUCCCCUCUCAAGGAAUACAGUCCUGAAACCGGUAUCAUGUAAUGACAGAACAUGCAGAGUCCUUGCAUAUGACACUGUUUUGAGAUAGCUCGAUCUGCUCACUAAGCACAUAGCCGAGAUAAUCUCCCCAGCUUUGUCUCGAUGAUACCUGUCUGGAGAGCCUGGAUCAGUCCACAGUGGUAUACAUGACCGGCCAGCUACUGCCAAUCCCUGGACAUGUUCCCCAGGAUUUUGGUUGCUGGAUCCCGACAGGGGAUGACUGCUUCUCUCUACUUACACAUCUUUGGACUUUGUGACUCCAUCCAACGUUGGAUGGACUUUUCUUUUCUGCUGGGUUUAUGACUAUUUUUACGAGAAGCAUGGAAAGUGGCUUGCCUCAUAUCGUGAAGACGGCUGUGACCCAUCGUCAAGCACAAAAGCAUCAUGCGACAACACCUUGUGCAGUUUCGCCCUUUGCUCAUCUUCAUAGGCGGUUCAUUGUCUCUCUCUCCGCUUGGUGGGUUUCUCACCAACAGUCAUGGAGGUAUCGCCUUUGACGCAUGAGCUCUUACCUCGUCAUCCAGCUUGUCUUGUAUAAGCAGAGAGGCUCGAUUUCUUGUCCGGCAUCUUUCGCUGAAGAUAUUGGCAGGAUUUUAUGUUCCCACAAGGUCAACAGAAGGUCCGCAUUCGCUUGUUAUCGCUCAUAAAUUGUCAUCUGGCUUUUGCUUUUAUUCACUCCAUCCGUCGAUCCAGGGUCCCCCAUCUUCGGAUCGAACCCUUGAAGCUGAUGUGCAAUUCAGGUUGAUUCUCGGACAACUUCAACCACUGUUGUGUCGAAUUAUUGUUAUUGUGUUCAGGAUUAACCACCAUUCCCCCAAGACGUAGAGAGACUUGGCCGUUGGACAAGAUAAAACAUCUCUCUUGCCGCAAAUGGAAAUGCAGUACAUUUGCGGGGUCAACACGGACUUGACCACAGCACGACAUGAUAAGCAGACAACAACAGGCCUGAUAUCAACAGGCCUUGAAUCACUGGCAUUUCUCUCUUUCCUUUAUCAGAAUGCCUAUCGCGCAUAUCACUGCCUGAUCAAAAGCCUAUAAGACCCUUAUACGUCCGACUCUGUGUCAAGGUAAACUCUUCCCUCUGACACCUGUAUAUCGCGCCGCAUCCCAUCCCAAAACACCAUACACAUUGAUACACCAUCCUUCAUCAUGUCUACCACCACCGCCACUGAAACAACCACACAAACCAUCCCCUCGUCGUCCGAGGCCCAAUACUAUGGCAAACUCCGCUACAUUCCACAAGGGCAAACUCCCACCCCGAGUCCUCACAACUUCCACCUCCCCGCCAUGGCCGAGUUCGGUGACGUCCGUCUCCAACCCUUAAUCGACAUGCGACCGGUCCCGACCAUCGCCGAGCUCUCCAAGGCUCAAGAGCCCACCGCCCAACUCUCGACACACGGGUUCGCCGCUGUCCACCACCCGGUCUCGAUGAACUCGGCCCCCUAUACGCUCCGGUCCUGGAAAGACCCGUCGACACUCAAGGCCAGCUACGUGCCCGAGACCGAGGAGAUGGUGAAGCGAAUCACGGGCGCGACCACCGUACUCACCGAGGCCCUCCUCCUCCGCUCCGCCGUAUGGUCCGAACAAGACGCGCUCGCCACUCACGCGGGCCACAGCGAAAGCAGUGACGACUCACCUUCGACGUCCGCCGCCGCGCCGCCGGAACCCAAACUUGAGGAAGAGACCGCGCUCGAACUGGGCUUCCCUCAGUUCAUCGGCUUCAGCGCCAAACACGGCGGGGCCUCCCCGGCCCCCAAAGUCCACCUCGACUACGCCCCCAACGGCGCCCGCAUGCACAUCCGGAAAUACCACCCGACCAUGACGGCGGCUUCGUCCCGCAUCAUCGCCGCCGAGGACCAGCUCACCGCCGAGGGUAAACCCCUCCGCGAGACCUACGCCGGGUCCGGCCUGGGGCCCCGCUGGGCGCUGUACUCGAUCUGGCGGCCGCUGAAGCGAGUGCACCGCGACCCCCUGGCGCUCGGCGACGCGCGCACCUUCCUCGAGCAGGACUACGUGCCCGUCGUCGUCAAGACGCCCAACCUCGGCGUGCCGGGCGACCUGUCCACGCACCCGACCGAGUCGUACCUCGCGCACUGGUCCGCCGGGCAGAAGUGGUACUUUGUCUCGAAACAGGAACCCGAGGAGGUCCUGGUGAUUGGCCUGUUCGACUCGGACCGCGACAGGGAGACCGUCGCCGCCGGCGGCACCCUACACAGCAGCGUCGACCUACCUGGGACCGAGGACGAAGAGGCCCGAGAGAGUUUGGAGUUGAGAUGUUUGGCCAUUUGGGACUAG